AUUCUAACCCGAGUCCUUCUUUUUAGCUCUUGUUCGACUUAUACUUUGCUUAUUCACUGAUUAAGCUUCGCUGCCUGCCUCCUAUCCCUUCAACGUUUACAAUGGGCGCAUUUCACCGACUCAACUUGCUCUUUUUCACGCUCUCUUUAGUUGUCAUUUCGGUCAAUGGCCACAAUAUAAUUGCCAUUCUCGAAGGUUUUCUAGAUUACUCUGUUUACAAUAGUUUCCUCACCCAAACAAAGUUGGCCGAUGAUAUUAACACCCGAAAGACCAUCACUUGCCUUGUCCUCAACAAAGGGGCUAUGUCUGCCCUCACAUCCAAACAUCCCCUUUUAGUCGUCAAAAACAUCCUCAGGCUUCACGUUCUUCUGGACUACUAGGACCCCCAAAAGCUCCAAAAAAUCUCUGAUGGCACUACCCUCACCACCACGCUUUAUCGAACCACUGGCAAUGCCCUUGGAAACCUUAGUUUCUUUAACAUCACCAACCUCCUAGGUGGCAAAGUCGGCUUCGGCUCCGCAAUUCUUGGCUCCAAACUCGACUCCUCUUACACUAAGUCUGUUAAGCAGAUUCCCUACAAUAUCUCCAUCCUUGAGAUCAACGCUCCAAUUAUCGCUCCAGGUAUCUUAACGUCUCUGGCCUCGUUGUUUUUUGGCUUCAACAUUACUGGUUUGCUUGAAAAAGCCGGCUACAAGACUUUUGCUAGUUUGCUUACCAGCAGUGGCAUGCUUAAGACUUAUGAGUCGGCGCUUGAUAAAGGGUUGACCGUUUUUGCUCCGUUCGAUGAAGCUUUUAAAGCUGAAGGUGUCCUUGAUUUGAGCAAGCUCACCAAUGCAGAACAAGUCUCACUUUUAGAGUAUCAUGCCUCUUCGGAUUACAAACCUAAGGGAACGUUGAAGACGACGAAGGACCCGAUCAGUACAAUGGCGACUAACGGUGCUGGAAAGUACGAUUUGACAGUUACAAUCGUCGGUAACUCGGUGACACUACACACAGGGGUUGGCCCAUCUAGGGUCGCCGAAGUAGUUUUUGACUCAUCGUCGGUCGCCAUUUUCACCGUUGACAAUGUUUUGCUCUCUUCUGAGUUGUUCGACAAGUCACCGUCGUCAGCACCAGCCCUAGAACCAGUUUCUUCGCCUUCACCUACACCAUAUUUAUCUCCAAGCCCAUCUCCAAUGUCUGAAGCAGCGUCACCACUAACAGCUUCACCACCAGCUCCACCAACUGGCACCCCAGUCGGAUCCCCGGCCGAUGCGCCAACUGGUUUGUCAGAGAACAACACAUCGAAUGAUGCCGCCGGUCACGUGAGUGAUUCUCUUUUGGGCACUAUCAUUUUUACGGUCUUUGUCACUGUCUUUUUUGUAACAUUUUGUCACUGUCUUUUUUGUAACAUCCCCUACCCGUAUCCGUCAUCGGAAUAGGGUACGAGGCAUUACCGGAGCUUAUCGAAUCAUUAUUAAUUAAGGAAAAAAAUAAAACAAAGUAAACAUGUAAUAUUUAAUAA